ACCGCCCACGACACACGCCCUUCCGUUCAGUGCUGCACUGCGACGUGAGUUACAGGCGAAAACAAACUUAAUGUUCCGUAAAAUAUAUUUUGUCUAGGCCUUACCCUGCCAUACAGUAUUAAAAUUGUAUCGGUUCAACAUUCCUGCCAACGUUUAAGCGGGGCUGUCGAGAAUGGGUUCGCUUUAAGUUCCUGAAUUUUUUUUUUUUUGCUUGCCUAAAACCGGACUCGGUUUGAAUACUGCUUCUACUUAAGUUUGACAAAUCCAUACACAGAGUUGGACGUUUGAGCUCAGUCCGUUUCGAGUACAUUCAGCAUAUUGUUCGUUGGACUAAAGCAUUGAGUUUUAUGUCGACUGCUCUUUUCGAGUAGUUCAUUACUUGCUUAAAGCGUUAGCCGAAUUCCCAUAACGGUUUUAUGAUCCGAACUAUCCCCAUGCUUUGCCUUCGUGUAAUUUUACAAUCUCGAAUGCGGUUAAGCGUGUUAUAUGCUGCAGGCUACGACAGUGACAUAACACAAAACGUAAAUUUAUAAUCUCGCGAAUAGCGUAUACAGUAGGCACGAAUGAGCAGUUUUGUGUCUCAGUCAUUAACUCGUGUUAUUAUUGUGUUUUUUAUAAGUGUUUCUGUCAGGUCUUGCGUAUGUCAACCCUUUAGCUGGGAUGGCAGCAGUUGGAAGUCCCCGUCCUGGGGUCCCUGACUGUGUGACCAGAGUGGCCCUGAGCCUCUCCUGUCAGAAUCUGAUUGACAUGGAUGUCCUCUCCAAGUCUGACCCACAGUGUGUGUUGUACAUAAACACAUCUGGAACAAGUUGGGUAGAGGUUGGUCGGACGGAGAGAAUCAUGAACUGCCUCAACCCCAAAUUUUCCAAGGAAUUUGUCAUUGACUACCACUUUGAGACAGUGCAGAAGUUGAAGUUUGAGGUGUUUGACAUUGACGACAAUGUCGGUUGCAGUCUACAAGACGCUGACUUCUUGGGGGAACUGGUGUGCACGUUGGGACAGGUUGUGUCUUCGAGGACUCUAACAAAACCACUUGUCAUGAAGGACAAGAGGCCUGCAGGAGCUGGAACAAUUACUAUACAUGCAGAAGAAAGAACGGACAGCAGAGUGGUGCGAUUUGAAGUUGCAGGUAGACAACUGGACAAGCAGAGUUUUUUUGGCAAGUCUGACCCAUUCUUGGAAUUCUACAAGGAGACAGCAACGGGAUGGCUGUUAGCUCACAGAACAGAGGUGGUAAAAUACAACCUGAACCCAGUAUGGAGACCGUUCCAAAUCUCGAUUCAGGCACUCUGUGGAGGUGAUGUGGAGAAAUCUAUAAGGGUCGAUUGCCACGACUACAGGAGCAAUGGCUCACAUAACUUAAUCGGAUCCUUUCAGACCACACUGAGCCAAAUACAGCAGGCAUCGCAAACUUAUGCGGCUGAGUUUGAAUGCAUCAAUAGGAAGAAGAAGCAGCGCAAGAAGAGCUACAAAAACUCUGGCAUUAUAGUCAUCAAACAGUGCAAGAUCGUCAAGGAGUACACUUUCCUUGAUUACAUCUUUGGCGGCUGUCAGAUUAACUUCACCAUCGCCAUUGACUUCACAGCCUCCAACGGGGAUCCCAAAUCUCCACAGUCCCUUCAUUACAUCCACCCUCACGGCUAUAAUGAAUACCUUUCGGCGAUCACAGCAGUUGGUAAUGUCAUCCAAGACUAUGACAGUGACAAAAUGUUCCCCGUGUUGGGCUUCGGAGCUCAGAUCCCUCCUAUGUGGCAGGUCAACCACGAGUUUGCUGUCAACUUCAACCCUUCAAAUCCAUUUUGCGAAGGCAUUGCAGGGGUUGUGAAAGCCUACCAGCAGUGUUUGCCGCAGGUGAAGCUCUACGGCCCGACAAACUUCUCCCCGAUCAUCAACCACGUUGCCCAUUUUGGUCAGCAGGCCUUACAGCAGCAUUGUGCCUCCCAAUAUUUUGUACUGCUCAUCAUCACUGAUGGCGUGAUCACGGACAUGGAUCAGACUCGCGACGCCAUCGUCAAAGCCUCGCGUCUGCCCAUGUCGGUUAUUAUCGUGGGAGUGGGCAGGGCCGACUUCAGCGCCAUGGAGUUCUUGGAUGGAGAUGACGGACUUUUGCGCUCGGCUGCAGGCGAGGCUGCCAUGAGAGAUAUUGUCCAGUUUGUUCCAUUUAGACAGUUCCAAAAUGCAGGAGCUGCCGCCCUUGCCCAAAGCGUAUUGGCUGAGUUACCUGACCAAGUGGCCUCUUUUUUCAACUUGUUAGACCUGAAGCCCCCCAGUGACCCCAGUCCUGCUUAGAAUUGUGAGCAAACAUAACAAAUUAUACCACUAUUCAAAUUACUCACUCUGUUAAACCACUAUUUCUUUUAUUUAAAAAGGAAAAUAAACACCUCUCCUGCCUUUAUCCUAUUAAGUGCCAGUUGAUAUUUUCUUGAUAUGCAAAAUGUCCGAACAGCCACGUGCCUACUGAUAUGUUUACAAACCCACUUCAAAAUAUCUACCUCCUAUGUUUUGUAAAGUGUGGGUUGUUAUUAUGUCAGUGUUGGCUUCCAUUCUAGCUUGCCGACCCCACCUCUCACAACAACUUGGACGCUGACAUGCUGUUUACGCAGCAAUAUUGCAGGAUUACCAAACUGAAAAUUUGUUAUGCCCCGUGUUGUACUGAGGUAAUUUUACAUUUCAGAGUUGCCAUUUCUCAUAUCAAUAACACUCAGCUUAUGAAGGCAAAGAGUUAUUUGUGAAUGUUACUAUAACAAAAUUGUAACUCUUGUCAUUUUUAUUGUCUUAUCUCAGAGAAUUGUAUUUGUAUUCAUAUUGAUUUUAUUUGUAUGUUUUGUAUGUUCGAGUAUACAUCAUUGUAUGCAGUACAACAUUAAAAACAAGUA